GGAGGCCAUGCUGGAGGUAGAGGAAGAGGAAGACAAGAAGGUGCUCAAGAGGACCGAAUCUGACAAAUGAGAUCCGUGCAACACUGGUUGACCACGUUGUCAACCACGGCCUGACGCUGAGGGAGGCUGGACUGCGAGUACAGCCAAAUCUAAGCCGAUACACAGUGGCAAGUGUGAUAAGAACAUUUCGACUGGAAAAUAGGUAUUGAAAAAAUAUCAUCAUAUCAAAAACAUCUGCACGGUUUCAGUAACUGCUCACAGUACUGUAUUCUAUGCACUAUCAGCACUUCUGUUACCUUUUCCUGUGAAAUUACUGUACUAUUGUAUACUGUUUUUUUUUCCUACAUAGGAUUGAGGGUCAGGAACAACAAGGGGAAAGGCCUCCUAUGUUCACAGAACAGCAAGAGAGGGAGAUAGUAAACAUGGUUUUGGCCAACAAUGCUAUAACACUAAAUCAGCUCCAAGCUAACAUUGUCAAUAACCACACCAGUUUCAACGAUAUCCAUCAGGUCUCAACAUCAACACUGGCACGCAUCCUACAAAAUAAACAUAUUCAAAUGAAGCAAAUUUAUCGAGUGCCUUUCGAGCGCAAUUCCGAAAGGGUGAAACGAAUGCGGCAUGAUUCUGCAGAGAGAGUUUUACGAAUGGAUGGAGAGGAGAUCCAGCAUGAGCUCAUUUACCUAGAUGAGGCUGGGUUCAACCUGACGAGUACACGAAGGAGGGGAAGAAACAUCAUUGGCCACAGGGCUAUAGUCAAUAUCCCAGGGCAACAUGGGGGUAAUAUAACACUCUGUGCAGACAUGACACAGAAUGGGGUCCUCCAGCACCAUGCCCAUAUGGGCCCUUACAACACAGCACUCAUACUUACAUUCUUGGACCAACUGCAAAAAAUAACAGCAGAAAAUCAAAUCGAUCAUAUGCAAUACAUUGUUGUCUGGGACAAUGUGUCUUUCCACCGCUCUGCUCUGGUUCAGAACUGGUUUCAGCAACAUCCAUAUUUCACCGUCCUAUCUCUUCCACCAUACUCUCCAUUCCUCAACCCUAUAGAAGAGUUUUUCUCGGCAUGGCAGUGGAAGGUAUAUGAUCUCCGUCUCCAGGCUGAGGUACCCCUCAUCCAAGCCAUGGAGGAGGCCUGUGACCAGAUGGUGGUAGCAGCAAUGCAAGGAUGGAUUCGUCAUUCACGACGUUUCUUUCUAAGGUGUCUUGCUAACGACAACAUUGCCUGCGAUGUUGAUGAAAUUCUCUGGCCAGAUCCAGCUAGGCAAAGAGACAAUGUCUAGUUUUUUUUUUUUGUUUGUUUUUUUGCAGUAAACUUACAGUACAAUUCGUAAAGUGACAUUUUGUUACAGUAUUAUGAAUCUCCAUGUCAACAUUUUGGGCAUGUUGACAAAUAAAUGAGUUUCUUCAGACUGUAACAUUGGUCAUUGAAGUAGAAAAAAGUGCUAAAAGUGUUUUAGGUUUAUCACAGCAGAGUGUAACUCGUGCAAACAGAGUAUAGUGAUGUGAAACGUGUGUGUUUCAUAUGGUAACAAAGUGUGGUUUUUAAACAGAAGUGUAUAGUUUUUACAAGAGUGUUUAAUUAUGCAAGGGAUCUGUAGUGUUUUGCUAAUUGUGUGGGCCCUGUUUUGAAAAUCAUGCUUAAGCAAUCCAAAAAAACUGUAAGAUUGCAAAAUAUGUCACGUUGGUGUUCUGCAUCUCAAUGCAGUAACUAUUGCAUGCUAUUUGUCCUAAUCCCAGAAUGUGAAGCAGUAAUGAAACUAAAAUUCAAACCUUUGUAUAUUAUUUAUAUUUCUUUCUUAUGUUUAUGUAUGUACACACUAUGUUUAGUGGAGCUCCUGGAACCACAACUAAUUCCUCAGUGUGUGUGUGUGUGUGUGUGUGUGUGUGUGUGUGUGUGUGUGUGUGUGUGUGUGUGUGUGUGUGUGUGUGUGUGUGUGUGUGUGUGUGUGUGAGCACACUUAAAUAGCACGAAUAAAGCUGAUUUUGAUUCUGAUAUCAGUUUUUUAGUAAAAUAUGACACUGGGCA